AGUUCAAUGACUCUCCAGGGUUAGAAAGGGGUUUGUUACAUUAUCUCAGUCAGUUGCUAAUAUUACAAACCCUUAUCUGAAAUUCCAACACUACUACACUGGGCAUUCCAGAGCCAGAGCAGCAGCUUCAGAAAACUAAAGAGCUCACGGGCAAUUGGCUGGAUAAUGGACUCCUGGUGUAUCACUGACGAAGACAUGGCGGAGGUCAAGAAGGAAGCUUUGGAGCAUCUGCGUCCGUACCUCUGUGAGAAGCUAGUGGCAGACCGCCACCUGGACUACCUCCGGUCCAGGAGGGUCCUUACGCGGGACGACGCCGAGGACAUCUGCUGCAGGGUGGGGAACAGCAAGAAGACCGGUAGGAUGCUGGACUACUUAGCCGAGAACCCCAGGGGCCUCGACUACCUCGUGGAGUCCAUACGCCGAGUGAGGACCAAGGACUUUGUCAUCGGGAAGAUCACCAGCGAAGUCGAGGCGGUGAAGAGGAGAGAGGCGGCCAUCUUGUCAGCAGCAGGUAGUUCUCCGCCAGUCUGUAUAUGCAAAGAGAAAACUCCCUUUGUGUCGUUGCAGAGUGACAGUACUGGAUACAAAGGCAGUAGUGAAGCACAGUCCAUCCAAACCUCUCUGUCCAACUCUGAACACAAGUGGGGUCAAAAUGAAGCAUCCUUUUCCUGGAGUGCCCUUCCUGAAGGAGUUAGUGUCUCUUCUCUACACAGUCUGCCAAAACCAGGAGAGCAGGGCGCCCCUUCAGUGCCCUUUGAGGACUCCGAGCCCGGGACCUUAGAGUCUGAGAGCAGUGACCAGUUUCACACCCUCCGUUCCUUUUCAACCCCCCCCUCUGUGAUGGAGUAAUACAGAAUGCCUGGAUGUCUGGAUUCAAACACAGGUUGGAUUAUAUGGGGACAGUAAAGGGUUAGGUUUUAUUGUGUCAUAACUGUACAUGUCAUCGUUAUCGAAUGUUUUAUUUUCCAUAUCAUAAAAGCUUACAGUGAAUCCACAAGACGUGGUUUCUAACACGUUUGUUCUAGCAAUAAAAUGUUUUACUGAAAACUUUGUUAUUGAAAUGCAAAAAAAACCUGUAGUUCUCCAUCAAGAAAAAUACAGAACUAUUACAAAAUGUAUGCGUGCCAGAAAGUUGUACUGGAGAGCUUUAGUUUCAUAUCGUCAUCUGCCACAGUAUCAGGAAAUGGAGCAAGGCACAGCUUCCUGUUUCUUUGAGGCACAGUCCCACUUCAUGUCCCUAUUUGAACUUCUGCCAGGCACCCAUAUUCUAGGAAAUGAUCAAAUCAACAUGUUUAUUUUCUGGGAUUUUAUUUUGAUUCAGGAUGUGCAAAAGAACUCUAAGGGAAACUAGUUAGUGACAGUUAGUGACUGUGACAGUUAGUGUGCAUAUGACAUUAACGAUGAAACAAAAACAUGUAAAGCUCCAAAUAGGCAUUUCAAUAAAUGUGUUAAUAAAUAUGACAAAAGUA